CCAAAGGCUCCCACUGCUAUGGAUCUGACCUGUGAGGAGGGACAGAGCCAGGAGAGCUGCUGCUCUCACGCACAGAGCUGGAUCACGAUGAGGCUCGGGCACAGAAGGUUUUUCUACCUUAGUGCAUACAAUGUAGCCAGGGGCGGACUGACCAUUUGGAAACUUGGGCACUGCCUGAGGGCCCGGGUCAGUAGAGGGUCCCAUAAAAUGCCCCUGGUACCUUUUUCAUAGGCUUUUUUGAGUUUGGGCAAGGACACAGGGGCCCCAUGAUCCCCUGUUGCCCGGGGGCCCCAU